UACUUAUUUGGCAAAGGGAGUUUACAGAAUCAGUGUGGAACGUGGAGACGAUGUGAAGAUGGCGUUUUCAGUCCGCUGAUGUCCUUGUUUCCUCCCUGUCUCUCUUGCAAAGUCGCCAACAUCCAGCAGCAGCUGGCCCAGCUUGACAAUGAGUCCCGGCCAGGCACGGCCGAGGCUGACAGGGACCGGCUGCAGCUCAUCAAGGAGAAGGAGGCCCUGCGGCAGGAGCUUCAGCUCAUCAUUGCACAGCGCCGCUCCGCGGGAGAUGUGGUCCUGCUGGAGGAGGAGCGGGAGCGCCUGGAGCAGGAGCUGCGAUGUGCACGGGCCACCUCCGCACAAAGCGCCAUGGAGAGAUGGCAUCAGUUCCCUGAGCUGGAGAUUGUGGACUCCAUUUUUACAGGAUUCUGCUUCAGGAAAAAAGGAAUUGUCUACUUAUGCAGCUGGAAGAAGCCACCUGCUUAACAUCCUACCUCCAGUCCCAGUUAAAAAGCCUGUGUGCCAGCACCCUGCCAGUGUCCUCGGAGAGCAGCCAUGGUCUCUGGCCUCCAGCUGGGGCUCCCUGAGCUCGGUCAGCUUCAUGGACAUCUACGGCCUCCCGCAGUACGAGAAGCCCAUCGCUGAGGGCGACCAGCUUCUACACUUCCACCUCAUUCCCUUCAAUGCGCUGGGCAGUGACUCUUUGAGAAGACAGUGCCAAGAGGUUGGAGAGGAGGGUACGCUGCAUCUCCACAUGCCUAUCGGAUUAUUCACUAGCCAGCGACAGUGGGGUGUUUGAACCUCUAACCAAAAGAUAGGGUUUCGCUGUGUCAUUCAGGCUUGAGUGCGGUGGCACUGUCUUGGCUCACUGCAGCCCCUAUCUCCUGGGCUGAAGCCAUCCUCCUGCUUCAGUCUCCCAUGUAGCUGGGACCACAGGUGUGUGCCACCACAGGCAGCUAUUUAUUUAUGUUCAGUAGAGGCACGGUCUCACUUUGUUGCCCAGGCUGUUCUUGAACUUCUGGGCUCAAACCAUCUGCUCACCUUGG